AUGCUCAGUGAGCCCACGCUCAGGCAGCCAAGGCAACUAAGCACUUCGGCGGACCGGGCGCACCCAACGUACGGGCGAGGAAACGGAAGCAGAAACAACUCCAUCGACGACGAUCAUGUCGCGUCCAGUAGGAGGUACAUUCGCGGGAGGGUGCACGUCCAGGCCCAUGACCCCACGGGGAUCCGACUUUCUCCGCUGUUUGUGUCGUACGCGAGGAAUAUCGGUGCGGGGACGCCAACCAUCGUCAGCGCGUCCUGGAAGCAACGGUACACAGCCAUUUCUUGCGUCCCGGAUGGCGUAGAAGAAGCCUUCGGUGUAACACCUCAGCAGGACUUGAACCAGGAAAAGCUCCCGCCGAGGCACGCCUGCCGUCCGCUUGGCCGACAGCUUGGCAGUCCACCCCGCCGGCAAGCAUUCUCGGUUGAGCUGAAGCUCACCGUAUUUGCAGAAGCUUCAGCCAUUCCUUGUGCGCCGAGAGAGGAAAAACGGCGCCCGAGCGUCUUGCUCGGGCUUCUUUCGACCGCCGUCGCGUCGUCCAUGUUUGCGGGUGGAACGUGUAGCACGGUGUUCGCGCCGGCCAUGUAUCUAAGCGGUAGAGCCAGCGGAUUAGAGACCACGAGGUUCUGGGCGGAAAGCGUUGUCCCGUUGCAACCGCCGAAAGAUGGUAUUGGAGUGCUGCUGGAAAUUUGUCUCUUCCCUGGAUCAUUGCACGAAUGCUAA